AUGGCGGAAAUCAAAGAGAACCUCAAUUCGGUGUUCGACCCUACGGGGCGCGGCCUUGAGCCUGACAUCAUUGAGGUGCUUGAAUCCAUACUCCGCUUGCAUUCCAUCACGCCCGACGAACUCUUCAUAAAAUGGGAGGUGUACUCACUGAAAAUGGGGUCUGAGGAAACCAAACUCGACCUCCCCACUGCGCGCAUGUUCGCCAGAGAUGUUCAAGACGCGGUCGAACGGGGUGGACACGAUCGAAUGCAGAAACAUAUGAGCGGUCGCGUGCCUGGAUCAGAGCGAAAGGGUGCGGCGCAUGCUACAUCCAGGGCAGUGGGAAAUGGAGACAUGUUUGGAAUGCUUGAUGAACUGACUCCGAAUGCACUCCCGCGAAGAAAUGGAAGCGUGAAACGAAAGGCCGACUUUGACUCCCCAAUGCCCAAGAAAAUCACACGACCAGAUACAGGCAAGACUCCCAGUAAAGGGGGGAAAGGUGAGGGACUUGCUGGCAUCCCCUUUUCGCAGCGACAAAACUCCGGCCAAAUCAUUGAGACUUUGAACGAGCAACUCACAGCCGCAGAAGUUCCGCUUGCUCCUUUCUCCGAAGCCCGAAUUCGAUUGAUGGCCAACACGGACUAUAAGAAAUUUGCCUAUAAGCCCAUGUCCAUGCGGCUAUCGGAAUCCUCCGAAGUGCUGGACGAGCGCAUCGACGAGUUCUCCACCCUGAUCCAGAAGUUUCACACUCUGGAAGAUUCUGCUUUCGGGAAUGCUGGAGCUCAGAGUACAAGUGAGAUUAUUGCGGUUGGCAGGAUCGCAUCAGAUACAGCAGAGGGGAAACUGAAUGCUGCAUCCCUGGUGCUAGAAAUGUCGAGAAAAAUCGGGGCUGGAAUUCGAAUACCGCUGAAACUCGACGGUUUGCCGUCCUAUCAGUUUUUCCCUGGUCAAAUCGUGGCUCUACGAGGUACCAAUGCUUCUGGGCAAUACUUUACAGUCAAGGAGGUGCUUUCUGUACCCAGGUUGCCUAUGCCUUCGUCGACACCGCAGGCUAUUGAGGCACUGAACGAAAGGUUGGACGUAUCAGAGAGCUCUUCUUCUCCACCCCUCAAUAUCAUAGUUGCAUGUGGACCUUACACCGCCGAAGACAACCUGGAUUACGAGCCGUUCAGGGCAAUAUGCCAAACGGCGGAAGAAACGAUGGCAGAUGCACUCAUACUGACAGGGCCGUUUAUCGAUAUCGAGCAUCCCAUGAUCGCCUCUGGCGAUUUUGAGAUCCCGCAAACACGAGGGCUAGAUCACGAGGCAAGCAUGACGGUACUUUUCAAGCUGUGGAUUUCAGGACAUUUGCAACGACUUGUCUCGGCAGUUCCCAGUAUCACUGUUCUGAUGGUCCCUAGCGUACGGGAUGCGAUUAGCAAACACGUCAGCUGGCCACAGGAACGACUGAUCAAGAGUAACCUGGCACUCCCCAAACAAGUGAGUAUGCUGCCGAAUCCUUGUUUCAUUUCACUAAACGAGGUUGUUCUGGGAAUCUCUUCGCAAGAUGUACUGUACGAGCUGAGUCGGGAACAAUUCUCUCACGGAGCAGGGUCAGAUCUUCUGACGAGGCUGCCUGGAUAUCUGAUCGAACAGCGACAUUUCUUCCCGCUUUUCCCGCCGAUGUCACGAGAUAAGUUGACAGGCAAUGGAGUGGUCAAGCCGACAGGAGCGUGUUUGGACCUGGGGUAUUUGAAGCUGGGAGAGUGGUUGCAGGUCAAGCCUGAUAUUCUGGUUCUGCCCAGCAUGUUGACACCGUCUGUCAAGGUUGUGGACAGCGUCAUGGUGAUCAACCCAGGGCACCUAUCGAAGCGGAAAGCGGCAGGAACGUAUUCCCGGCUCUCGCUGCAUGCUCGCAAUGUUAGUGAGGACGAGAAAGCGGCCAAGACCAUCACACAUGACGUCUUUAAUCGGGCCAGGGUUGAUGUCGUCAGGAUAUAA